AAAAUAUAAGGGGAAAAGCAGAAGAAGAGGAGAGGAAUCAAGCAGUUGAUGGGGAGAAGUCCCAGAUGUCGCUGACAACUACGCCUUCUUUUCAAAUCUGGCGGAGGUUCAUCGCAGCCUCCCCUAUAACUUGUCGUUCAUCCCUCUCACUGGUAUCCGUAUCCAAAUCCCCUCUUCUUAAAAGCCAUAGAAGAGCUGCCUCUCUCCGCUGCUAUUGUGCUACAAGAAUGGGUGACGCCAUUGCUGAUGCUAACAUGGACGCUGUUCAGCGCCGUCUCAUGUUUGAAGACGAGUGUAUUCUGGUGGAUGAGAAUGACCGUGUUGUUGGUCAUGACACCAAGUAUAAUUGUCAUUUAAUGGAAAAGAUUGAAGCCGAAAAUUUGCUGCAUAGAGCUUUCAGUGUAUUUCUAUUUAACUCAAAAUAUGAAUUGCUUCUUCAGCAACGAUCAGCAACAAAGGUGACCUUUCCUUUGGUAUGGACUAACACUUGCUGCAGUCAUCCACUCUACCGAGACUCUGAGCUCAUCGAGGAGAAUGCUCUUGGGGUAAGAAAUGCUGCACAAAGGAAGCUUCUUGACGAAUUGGGCAUUCCUGCUGAAGAUGUCCCAGUUGACCAGUUCACCCUAUUGGGUCGUAUACUUUAUAAAGCUCCAUCUGAUGGGAAAUGGGGAGAACAUGAACUUGAUUAUCUUCUAUUCACAGUACGUGAAGUUAACAUGAAACCAAACCCGGAUGAAGUUGCUGAUGUUAAAUACGUAAACCGAGAACAGCUGAAGGAGCUUUUGAGGAAAGCAGAUGCUGGCGAGGGAGGUCUGAAGCUAUCCCCUUGGUUCAGACUUGUCGUUGACAACUUCUUGUUCAAGUGGUGGGAUCAUCUUGAGAAGGGAACUCUCGAGGAAGUCAUUGAUAUGAAAACCAUCCACAAAUUGACUUAAAAGGACCUGCCUUGCGAUCUGGUUGUACCAUCGUAGUUCUGUCCCUACAAACGAAUAACUUCAGUUGUGAUUUUCUGAAGCAUAUGUCUGCAUUAUGUUUGUUGCUUUUGUAGAAUUUGAAGGAGGUAUUUUUUUGACUGAUUGUACCUUGUAACAUAGCUGUGGCUUUCUGUCGAAACUCAAUAAGAUAGCUUAUCGUUUGGUGCUUGCAA